CCUGUGAACACAGAGGGAAGCGCAGCGAACAGGUUUCACCUCUUCUUCCUCCGUACCAACUCCUCUCCAUCAUGGAUUUUUCUCGGGCUCGUGCCCUGCUCUCCGCCGGAUAAACUUUGGACUUACAUUUAUAUCAUGGGAAUAUACUGUCUGUGCGCUCGGCACCGUGGAUCUAUAUAGUCUUGAUGGAAACCAUGUCACCGCAGCAGGGGACCAUGGGACAGAAGAGGUCCGACUCUCUGACUGGAGAGAGCAAGGCGCUUCCCGACAACAAAAAGAAGAUGAAGACCCUGGCCCAGAGACGACAGUCAGCUCCCUCGCUGGUCAUCAGCAAAGCACUUACCAGAUCGAGAAGCACAUCCCGGGAAAGCUGCAUGACACCAGUCAGCCCAGAUUCUUGCCCCCUGGUCCAGGCCUUCCUGGCGGAGUGUCCAGGCCGCCUAUUCCUGGGGCAUGUCCAAACGCAGCUGAAGACGGGCUUGCAGACCCAGGAGAGACACCUCUUUCUCUUCACUGACACACUGCUCGUCGCCAAAGCCAAGUCUCCCACUCAUUUCAAGGUGAAGGCACAAGUCCGAGUGUGUGAGAUGUGGACGGCCAGCUGCAUGGAGGAGGUGUGUGAGGGAAGCACCAACCCAGAGCGGUGCUUCGUCAUGGGUUGGCCCACCUGCAACUGUGUGGCCACUUUUAGCUCCGAGGAGCACAAGGACAAGUGGUUGGCACUCAUCAAAAGUCGGAUAAUUGAGGGAAAAGAGAAGGAUGACCCGAAGGCCGUUCCUCUGAAGAUAUUUGCAAAGGAUAUUGGAAAUUGUGCAUAUGCCAAGACACUUACGGUCAGCAACACUGACAGCACCAGCGAUGUCAUCCGCAUGGCUCUGCUGCAGUUUGGCAUAUCCGGCUGCGUUAAAGACCACCGGUUGUGGGUGAGCUCCAGUAAGGACGACCCGCCAUACCCUCUCAUCGGCCACGAGUUUCCCUUCAGCAUUAAGAUGAGCCACAUUCGGGAUGGUGGGAGCAGUAGUGGAGGACUGGGAGGAGGACCAAGGAGGGAUCCAACGAGUCCCACAGACUGUGCAGGGGUGCUGCUGCUGGACCAGUGUCUUCCCCCAGAUACGCAGUGCCAGUUUAUCCUCAAACCCAGCAAAGUUGUACCCGGACAGGUUCCUCUUAUAGAGCCUGGUCAGCAGAAGUCUUUUAAGAGAAAGAGGUCUCUGAUCAACUGGCCUUUCUGGAGAGGCUCCAACACACAGCUGGACGCCAUGCCCUUGUCCCCAACCUCGCUCUCCCCCACUCAAGGACGGCUGUUCGGACGACCCCUGAGCUCCGUCUGCUCUUCAGACCACAACCUACCCAAGCCUGUCAUGGACAUGUUGGUGUUCCUGUACCUGGAGGGGCCGUACACCAGGGGCGUCUUCAGGCGGUCAGCUGGGGCCAAAGCCUGCCGGGAGCUUCGGGAUAGACUGGACAGCGGGACUGAGGAUCCGGAGAUCACACACCAGUCUGUGUUCGUCAUUGCUGCUGUCCUCAAGGAUUUCCUGCGAAAUAUCCCAGGCAGCAUGCUGUAUGUGGAUCUGUAUGACCAGUGGAUGGAUGUGAUGGAUGGGGAGGGAGGGGAGGAGAGGAUACAAGCUGUCCAGAGGUUGCUCCACCUCUUGCCCAGUGAGAACCUGCUACUGCUGCGACAUGUGAUUGCUGUGCUGCACUGCAUCCAAAGCAACGCCCACGAAAACCAAAUGAAUGCCUUCAACCUGUCUGUCUGCAUUGCUCCCAGCAUGCUUUGGGCUCCAGUGCCAAGCACCCCCGAGAUGGAGGGGGAGGGCACCAAAAAGGUGUGUGAGCUCGUUCGCUUCCUCAUAGAGAACUGCAGCAGUGUCCUGGGAGAAGACGUCACCUCGCUGUUCAGAAGCUUCAGCCAAAAGAGCAGCAGCAGUGACCACGGAUCAGAUGUGUCAUCCUUCCAGAUGAAUGACUCGUCCUAUGACAGCCUGGAGAACGAGCUGAACGAUGACCCUGAGUCUCCCUACCAGGAACAGCUACAUCUUCGUGACAAGGACAAGCCGGACAGCCGCAGCCGUGACUCCGUCAUCACCCUCAGUGAUUGUGACCCUGAUCCAGACCCUGAGACCGACCUCCUACUUCAGCUUCCACCACUGGCCAGACCCCGGAGGUUCAGUCCUGUAGUUCGACAGCUCCGCACCCGCCAGGCCAACGGCCUGUCACAGGGUCCCAGGAGGCUGAGGAGGAGUUCAGAGCCCGCCUUGACCCUGGCAAGCACACUGCCCUCGGGCACAGUGACGCCUCACACUGACAACCACCGCCUACCAGUAAGGAAGGCGAGCUAUGAUGCCGCCAUGGAGGGGGAGGGGGAUCAGGAGGACGAGGUGUUUCUGGAGCAGAGGCUGAGCGGGCUGCAACUGAAGGAGGAGGAAGUGGAUGGAGGUGAGAAGGGAGGUACAAAAGUCCAGAGUAGUGGACGGAGGAAGAUGAAGCAUGCCCCUCCUCCUCCGCUGCGACUGGAUGCCAGCUGUUCCAGUCUGUCAUCUCCGGCAACCUCACCCACAGGCUCCUCCCUCAGCUCUUUAGACUCUGCCUUCUCACAGUACUCUACUGACUACGCCACCAAUGGGGCGAUUCCAUUGACUGACCCUGCUUCUCUCUCCCCUCUCUUUCCGGGACGGGCCCAACUGUCACCCAGGGGCUCUCCUCCUCAGAGGGAAGCCCCGCCUCAUUGGCCACAGCCCAACCAGCCCCCUCGGACUGGCCAAACACCCCCCCACCCUCAUGGCCUCCACCCUAACAUGUGGCUCAAGAAGGACCGUCGCCUGUCUCUAAAGCAGCCUGAUAAUGGACACACAGAGGAGGACUUGCCUGUGGUAAAUGGGAAAACCCACCCAACCACUAAUGGCUGCUCCAUCAGUGCCCAGGAGGACGCGGUGAUGAAUCGAAACUGCCAACGGAGAUCCAGCAGCCCUCCGUCCUACCAGCAGGCUCUGCUGCAGCUGCAGCGCGCACGCUCUCCUUUCUACAGGGGGACGGAGAAACCGCUGACGGUCAGAGAGCUGAGGCAGCUCCACGACCCGACCUGCACCUCAAGACCCCUAAUCCCAGCCUCCCCUAACAACCCAAAACCUCACACUGGAAGUGAGGUCACACAGAGGCUGGCUACAAAUGAGUGCGUGCAGCCCCCACAGGGCGUUUUCUAUGGACAGAGCGGCACCACUCUGGUCCUCCAGAGGCAAAUGUCCCAUUUGCUAACUCCGGCCAUGGAGGAACACAAAGGGAGGAGAACCCUUCCCCAUCCCCGCCGAGCAUCGGACCCUGCCAAGGUCAAUGUAAACUCUAACCCCUCCUCCAGCCUCACUCUGGACAGGCCUCCCCGAGAUGGCGGCCUGAGAGUGUCGGAGGUGGAGCCCAACCACACCGAGCCACGCUUUUGCCUAUCUCCCUCUGCCACUCGGGCCGUAAGGGACUACUUUUCUUCCCAGGAUCAGGAUGAAGAUGCAUGCUUGCGGAGGAGUCAGGAGGUGGCACUGGCUAUUUUGCAGGGGAAGAGGGAAUGGCAUAGCAGGCGGUGCAGUGACCCACGAGUGGAUGACUUUGACCAGCUUUUUUUUGCAGAAGAGUCAUAUGUGUAAAUUUGUACAGACAGACUGUGUAUGAUAUGUUUACUUGUAUACAACUGUCUUCAUAUUCCUCCAUAUACCCUUUUUUCCUUCAGGCAUCAGUAGUCAACCCAAUACAAAACUGUGUUGCAGUUUACUGUAAUGGUACAGUCAAGGUUUUAAGAUUGUAAAAGGUUCAGAUGCACUUCCUGGUUCUGCAUUUCACCUCCCUGUGAAAGAAAACUGUUGAAUUCUCAUUCCUCGCCCACUAUGAAAUUAACAUCUGGCAAACAGCAGACUCAGAAGUUUGUGGUAGUUUGUUAUAAUCCACAAUAUUUUACAAAAUAAGUUGAAAAGCGCUGACAGUAGUGUGAUGCCUGAUUUCCACGAACUUACAUUACAUUACAGAGAACAUGUGAAGAAACAGUCAGUUAAUUGGACAUCUGGAUUCCUAAACAAACUGUCAGAACGGGUCAGCGUUACAGCUCUUGAGCCACAAUAUUAAGAGAAAGAAAAUACUUUUCUCUGGCAGUGUGUCCUUGUAUUGCCUUUGGAAUGUGUUGUUAUUUUUUUCAGCACAUGAAGAAAAAAUGAAGGUAGAUGAUUUCUACAGAAAUGAAAAGGAAAGGAUAAAGCAGCAUUUUUAAAAUUAAAUUAAAUUCUCUGGAAGCUUAUACAUUGAAAUUAUACUGUAUUUUGACCAUUCCCUAAACCAGCAGAAAAAUAUAUAAAGGCUGGUAGGAGAUGAAGGCUGUGACACAUUUUUUUAGUCUGUUUUUGACAGCAAAACAUGUAAAAUUUAAAUUGAAGAUGUGACUAAAUCUGCAUGAAAACUGAGCAUUUCUUUCUUUUGCAGACAGAAAUGCACCAAGGUCACAAGUUAUAAAGGGGAUACAAAUAUUGGCACAACAAAAGUUUGUUAACCCUGUUCUCUGUCGCUGUAAUGACAGCAAUAUGGUCAUGACUAUGCUAUGACUUCAUACAAAUACUAUGAACAUGCUUUUAGCGCCAGCCACACCACCUGUGAUGUUUACUGGAACGCCAGAGGAGGAACGUUUUAGGACAGAUGCCCCUGCUGUACAUACUCAUUCCUUAAGAAAACAAAACAUAUUAGACUUAGACCUUUUAUUACAAAUUGCAUCUGUAAAUUGAAACAAGUGUUUGUCUGUCUCAGUCAGUGAAUAAGUAGGGUAUUUAUUCAUAUGAGCCGAGUUUUCAGACACACAGCCUACAGUGCUGUCCUCUGUAGCUCUGGUUUAUAUCUCUGUGACCUGGGGGGGGGAAGAAAAACUGUCGAGGUGUGUAAGUUUUUGUGUUUGUGUGAAGGAAAGUCAUAAUGUUGUUGAAUAUGAUGUGAUCAUUAACAAUGUGUCCUGAGCAGGAAUGUGACUAAACGUGUGCCACUGAGGGAGAACUCUCCUUUAUUCUUGCUUUUAUAGCACUUCGUUAUUCUCACCAAGAAACCCCUUCAGUUUCACAAGAAGAAGGACGCAGCCUGUUGUGUGUCGAUGUGUGUGUGUGUGUGUUGAGUUGAAUGCACCAUUGAAAUACUGUUUUUCUAACUGUGUGUUUUGUCUUUGAUAAUAUGAUAUUUUUGUUCUAGUGCUGUCGUCAUUGCAGUGCUGAUUUCUUAGGUGACACUUAACAAUAAAUGACCUUAUUUCACUGUGCGUUAAUUUACUGGUAAGCAAAAGAAAGAAUAUAUUCUUAGCACAAUGUAAGAGUGGUUUUCACGAGUAUUAACACAGUGUUAUUGGGCACUUAACAUAGCCUUUCCACAGGACCACACACUGUAAUAAGGCCAUUGUCAUGUUAAGUGUUGCCAAUUUAAAUGGUCUCACAAAGUACUUUAUCUUGUAUUAUUAAUAUUAUAAUUGUUCUCCAUUACAGUGAAUUGUGUUCAAUGUGUAUAGUUAUGCAUAUUUAUGAUACAGAAGUAUAUUAUUAUAUAUAAAUAUAUUAUCUUGUUACUUUGGUAUGUUGGGUGAGAAAAUCAAAUGUGUAUUUUUGUACAUGCCAAUUCUGCUGCUGCUGUCUCUAUAGAAAGUAUAUUUGCUACAAAAUGCACCAUUUGUAUAUUGUGUACAUUUGAUGUCCUGUGCUCACGAGAACAAAAUAUCAUUGAUUUUAAUAAAUGUCGCUCUUGUGAAAUAA